AUGGCGACGGCUGAAACUGAACGGGAAGCUUCGUCUGCUCUCUGUACUGAAUUUCUCAGUUUCUCGGCUAAGGACGUCGCUGCGAAAUGGCUACAGGCGACCGACCUGCCCAGAGAGGUCCACCAGCACCUGGCUUGCUAUGUGCCCAAAAUCUACUGCCUGGGGCCAAAUCUGAACCCUCAGAGUGAGGAUCUACUGUCCCAGCUGCUGCUGCUAUCACCGAUGGAGUGGUAUUUAUGUGGCGAGGAGCCUUCAGUCGGCCUGGCAAAGCUCGAGCAGAACAACCAGCCUUCACAGCUCUGUGGCCAUGUCUUUAAAGUAGGGGAACCCACAUAUUCCUGCAGGGAAUGUGCAGCAGACCCAACAUGUGUGCUGUGUAUGCAGUGCUUUUUGGGAAGUGUACACAAGGAGCAUCGGUACAGGAUGACGACGUCCGGCGGAGGAGGGUUCUGUGACUGUGGAGACACAGAAGCUUGGAAGAAGGGUCCUUACUGUCAGAAACAUGAGCCCAACAUCGGUGAUUCCUCCCAAGAGGAUCCGCUUGCUAGUUUCUCAGCAGACAUGAUUGCCCGCACAUAUAAUAUCUUCUCUAUCAUGCUGAAAUAUGCUGUGGACAUGCUUACCUGGGACAAAGAAGAUGAGCUUCCUCAGGGCCUUGAACCACCGGAGCGUGGAGACACCUAUUACUGCAUGCUGUUUAAUGACGAGGUGCACACAUAUGAGCAGGUCAUCUACACGUUACGGAAGGCAGUAAACUGCAGUCAGAAAGAGGCGGUCAGCUUUGCUACUACAGUGGACAGAGAUGGGCGGAAGUCUGUCCGCUAUGGGGAUUUUCAGUUUUGUGAGCAGGCGAAGUCUAUUAUUGUGCGAAACACGAGUCGUCAGUCGAAGCCUCUGCGUGUUCAGGUCAUGCACUCAUCAGUGGUGGCUCAUCAGUGUUUUGCUCUAAAAACCCUCACCUGGCUCAGCCAUGUCAUCAGAUACUCAGAUGCACUGAGAAGGAUUCUGUGCCAGGUAGGGUUACAGAAAGGCCCUGAAGGAGAAAACUCCUCCUUAGUAGACACUUUAAUGCUCUGUGACUCCAAAAUGUGGAAAGGGGCGAGAAAUGUUUAUCACCAGCUGCUCAUGAGCAGUCUGUUAAUGGAUCUGAAGUAUAAGAAGUUAUUUGCCAUUCAGUUCGCAAAGAAUUACCAGCGCCUUCAGACAGAUUUUAUGGAGGAUGAUCACGAGCGCUUAGUGUCAGUGACCUCUCUGUCUGUGCAACUCUUCACCGUCCCUACCAUGGCUCGGAUGUUGAUCAUGGAGGAGAAUUUAAUGACCACCAUCAUCCGUACUUUUGUGGAUCACCUGAGGCAUCGAGAUCUUCAGGGACGAUUUCAGUUUGAACGAUACACCGCACAACAGGCCUUCAGAUUUCGUAGAGUCCAGAGCCUUAUAGGAGACCUCAAAUAUGUGCUGAUUAGCCGUCCAACAGAGUGGUCUGACAAACUCAGGGAGAAGUUUGUAGAAGGUUUUGAUGUUUUCUUGGAGCUGCUCAAGUGUAUGCAGGGCAUGGACCCAGUAGUGCGACAGGUGGGCCAGCAUAUCGAGAUGGAGCCGGAAUGGGAGGCAGCCUUCACGUUACAGAUGAAGCUUACACACAUCAUAUCAAUGAUACAGGAAUGGUGUGCUAGUGAUGAGAGAGUGCUGAUCGAAGCCUACAAGAAGUGCCUAACAGUGCUGACCCACUGCCACAGUGGUUUUACUGAUGGAGAGCAGCCCAUCACACUUGAUAUGUGCGGCCACUCGGUAGACACCAUCCGCUACUGCGUCUCACAAGAGAAAGUCAGCAUCCACCUGCCUGUGUCCAGACUGCUGGCAGGACUCCAUGCUCUCCUUAGCAAGACAGAAGUAGCUUACAGAUUUCCUGAGCAGCUUCCUCUGAGUGAACUGAGCCCCCAUAUGGUGAUUGAGCACCCACUUCGCUGCCUGGUCCUCUGUGCACAAGUGCAUGCUGGGAUGUGGAGGAGAAAUGGCUUCUCAUUAGUCAAUCAAAUCUACUACUAUCACAAUGUGAAGUGUAGGCUCGAGAUGUUCGAUAAGGACCUCGUGACUCUCCAGGCAGGAGCCUCCAUGAUGGAUCCCAACCACUUUUUGAUGAUUGUCCUGAGUCGUUUUGAGCUCUUUCAUAUCUUCAGCUCUGCAGACUGCAGGAAAAGAUACAACCGAGAAAAUGCCAACAAGGAUGUCGUCCAGCAGAACAGCACUUUAAUAGAAGAGAUGCUUCAUCUCAUCAUUAUGGUUGUAGGUGAACGCUUUACACCAGGUAUCGGGCACGUGGAAAGCGAUGACGAGCUAAAGCGAGAGAUCAUUCAUCAACUUUGUAUUCGACCCAUGGCACACAGUGAGCUGGUUAAAGCCUUGCCUGAGAAUGAGAAUAAGGAGACCGGGAUGGAGAAAGUCAUUGAUAGUGUUGCUACUUUUAAGAAGCCUGGAGUGACUGGCAGAGGACUGUAUGAACUUCGUGCAGAAUCUGCCAAGCAGUUUAACUUAUACUUCUAUCAUUAUUCCAGAGCAGACCAGUCCAAGGCAGAGGAAGCUCAGCGAAAGCUUAGGAGACAGAAUGGAGAGGACACAGCUUUGCCACCGCCAGUACUCCCUCCAUUCUGCCCUCUGUUUGCCAGCCUGGUUAACAUCCUCCAGUGUGAUGUGUUAAUCGGCAUGCUUGGAGCGGUGCUGCAGUGGGCCGUGGAGCCCAGCGGUGGACAGUGGUCUGAAUCCAUGCUGCAGAGGGUGCUGCACCUGAUUGGUAUGGCUCUGCUGGAGGAACAGCAGCAGCUAGAGAGCAGCAGUGAAGAGAAUGAAGUCACGUUUAACUUCAGCAUUAAAAUUUCCCGCCCUGGUGAAGCUCCCAGCAACACUCCCAGUGUUCUAGCUCUAUUGGAGACCCUGCAGAGCGCAUCUCAUCUCGAGGUGCACAAGGACAUGAUCCGCUGGAUCCUCAAGAUGGUGACCAGCAUCAAAACCAUGCGAGAGCGCACAGCUGCUGCACCGCCUGCCGAAGGAUCAGGACACGGUCAGGAAGAGACUGUACGGGAUAAAGAUAAGGCGGAAAGGAAGAGAAAGGCAGAGAUGGCCAGACUGCGUAGGGAGAAAAUCAUGGCUCAGAUGUCGGAGAUGCAGAGACAUUUCAUUAACGAGAACAAGGAGCUGUUUCAGCAAAGCUUAGAGGAGCUUGAUGCCUCCGCCUCUACGUCAGCAGAGCACAGCCCUAGCUCAUUGGACAGUGCUUUGGUGUGCGUGGGGCCUCGUCGUUGGCGAGCAGGCAAAGGCAAACGAAGGCAGGUGGUGACCUGUAUCCUGUGUCAGGAGGAACAAGAGAUCAGACCCGACGGCAGAGCCAUGGUGCUCGCCGCAUUUGUUCAGCGCUCCACAGUCAUGUCCAAAAACCGCAAGCGACCCCCUCACAACCCCGAGAGCCACGACCCUCUUUUUAUUCACCCUGACCUGUCCUUCGGCACCCAUACUGGUAGUUGUGGGCACAUCAUGCACUCUCACUGCUGGCAGAGGUAUUUUGAGGCAGUGCAGGCUAAAGAGCAGCGCAGACAGCAGAGACUUCGUGUGCACACCAGUUAUGAUGUAGAGAAUGGGGAAUACUUAUGUCCACUCUGUGAGUGUCUUAGUAACACAGUCAUUCCCCUCCUGCCACUCAGCGAUUCUUCCGGCAGUAGUAGUGAACAGCCAGGUCUUGGUCAGUGGCUGAAUUAUACCUUCCAGCAAGUAAAAGCCUUGCAUUCUGCUCACAGGAAAGCCAAACCAACACAUGCUGAUGAGGCAGAAACCAUAGAAGACUGUCCUCCCCCUGAGGGUUUCAGACUGGACCACAUUCCAGUCAACCCUUACUCGAGCUCCAUAAAGGAGAUGCUAACAACAUUUGGGACAGCCACAUAUAAAGUUGGACUCAAGGUGCAUCCUAAUGAGCAGGACCUACGUGUGCCUAUCAUGUGCUGGGGCAGCUGUGCCUACACCAUUCAAUCUAUAGAAAGAUUAUUGGUGGAUGAGGAGAAGCCUUUGUUCGGAAGUUUACCCUGCAGACAGGAUGACUGUUUACGCUUCCUGACUCGUUUUGGCUCUGCAUGCUGGACCGUCUCUUCUUUCUCCUCUGUACAGAGUCACUUCAUUCGACUGUUGGCAGCCCUAGUUCCUGACUCCCAAGUGGAGAACUCCCCCUGCAUCCUUGAUGUGGACAUGUUUCACUUGCUGGUUAGUCUGGUGUUGUCUUACUCAGCUGUGCACUGCCAAGACACUUCAGGUCUGAGUACUGAUGCUGCACAGCUUCAUAUCCUCCACCUGGUCACUGUAGCGCACCUGGUUCAGAUCCUUUUCACCUCUGUACCAGAGGUGCUGACCAUGGAACAAGAAAGUGGGGGACUCGAACGGGAAGAGGAAGAAAGUGUUUGUCUGCUCUAUAACACACUAAGGAAUCAUGUAGGCUGUAACCUUAGUGAGGUGAGCUCAGGCUGGCAUAUAUGGCAAUGUGUAAAGGCAGGUAUCCUGCCCUUCCUAAGAGGAGCAGCUCUUUUCUUCCACUAUCUUAGUGGAGUUCCUGCUCCACCCGAACUCCAAGUUGUAGGUAUAGGUGAAUGGGAAGCACUGUGUUCAUACCUCUGUCUACCUUCCAACUUGCUUCAGCUCUAUUAUAAUAACCUGGAGUUUCUAGAGCCUCUGGUUCAGGGGUGGUGCUCUCACCCAGGCAUGCAACAUUGUCUUACAUCUCGAGAAACCCUUAUAAGUUUUCCUAGAGAAUCUAAUAAGCUGAUUGACCUGCCAGGGGACUACAGUGCUUUAAUCAACCAAGCUUCCAGCUUCACCUGUCCAAAGUCAGGUGGUGAUAAGUCUCGGGCACCGACACUGUGCUUGGUGUGUGGCACGAUGCUGUGCUCUCAGAGCUACUGCUGCCAAACUGAUCUGGAGGGAGAUGAUGUAGGUGCCUGUACAGCGCACACGUUUGUCUGUGGAGCAGGUGUCGGCAUUUUUCUCAGGGUGAGGGAGUGUCAGGUUCUCUUCCUGGCUGGAAAGACUAAGGGCUGUUUCUAUGCUCCCCCAUACCUAGAUGAUUAUGGAGAAACUGAUCAAGGGCUCAGACGAGGGAAUCCUUUGCAUCUGUGCCGUGAGCGCUACAAAAAGAUCCAGAAGCUGUGGCGCCAGCAUAGCAUCACAGAGGAGAUCGGUCACGCGCAGGAGGCUAACCAAACUCUGGUGGGCAUCGACUGGCAGCAUUUGUAAUUUCCUGGAGUUGCCUGGCUUGUGUCAGUGAGACGCACAGAUGAGCUGCACAAUUACAGCAAAGGUUGCUAUAGCAAUGCCACCUCUUGCACUCUCCUUCUGCUUCUUCCUGUUUUUCUCUUGUCUCGAGUGGGUGAAUGCGCAGCUUUACUUCACUAUCUCAUUUGGGAAGGUCUUGUUUCCUCCCUUCUUUCUUAUUCGAUCAGAAUUCUUAUUUAAAAAUGGAAUGAAGUAGACAAACAUAUAACCAAGGUAUUCAUCUGCCAGGCGAUGGGUUUUCAUGCUGCGCAAUGUCUCGGAGAAACUCUUCCAGCAGAAAAGCUAUUUAUGUUCUGUGUUCUCUAUGCCAUUAAGUUAUUUUCAUCCAGUCAGCUUUAGCAUGGGUUUGAUGCACAGUUCUCAGAUUCCUUUAUUAACGAAUAAUGAUGGUGUUCUCUUCUAAGCAAGCACAAUGUUCCUCAACGACCCUCAGGUCGCGAUAGUAGCCAUAAUGGAAUGGCGCCAUCUUCAGGCUCUUUAGCCGGCUCCCACGCUCCCCCUUCCCACUCAUUGCAAUAUCUCUGUUAAGGCCACUUGGCUGCUAAUGCUCAGUGAAUGACAACAAGCCAACAUAAAGACAUCUGGGCGUCAUCCUGUGAGCACCUGUAAGUGCGUGUGUGUUCUGUGAGAUGGUUUGUGAAAAGUGUGUUUCUACUAUGAUAGAUUUCUAAGCCUUUCUGUCUGUGUGACUUUACAGCCGAGUUUCAUAUCGGCGUCAGUUCUAAACCCAUUUUUAUCAAGUUUUAUUUAUGUGAAGCUUUAUGUAAUUUAUGGCUGACUCAGUUUUGGAUUUUGCUUUUGUAAUUAAGGACGUUUAAUAUACCUGUUGACAAGGUGUGUGUUUGGUUCAUGUGUGUGUUAUUAAAAAUUAAUUCAUUAAAUUAUUGGGUAAUUUGUCGAUCCUGUAAAGUGUGUGUAGUCUUCAACAGGGUUUCCCUGAAGACCCACUACUCUGCAGAGUUUCAACUUUUCUUUCUGCUUUCAGCACAUGAUCGGGGUUUAUUAUUUUUACUCUCAUCGAACCUCUUCAUCCUGGUCACGCUGCAGGUCCGCUUCCACAGACGCACACUAACCUGCUCUUCCCAAUUAAUUCAAAGAGGUGUGUUGGCAGCGGGGAAACUUUCUAUAGAACACACAGCAAGUCUAUGGACAAACUCUAGGUCAUGUGAUGGACACUCAACCACUUUUCAGCAUCAGGUUUAAUCAGUCCUGUCCAAGUUAGGCCAUCUGCUUAAAAAAAUUUUUGGUCUGCUUUGAUCUAAAAGGAGACCGGAGAUCUAGAAGGCAUCGUGACCUAAUGCUAGCCCACCACAGCUGAGCUCUGAGCUCGAACCUCAGCAGUGCUUUCUUCUGCCCACGCGCCUACACAUACAUGAUUGGCUAUGCCUGAGGGUGGGCCUCAUUACUCUUGCAAUCAUGGCCUCUGCUGGCUGGUUGAAGGUGCCUGCACAGAGACGGUGCAUAAUGCAGAGCAGUGCGUUACUCUCCUUGCAUGGUAGUGUUCUCUGUGUGAGCUUCGUUUCACCUAACAAUCUCGGAAGGGGGCAUUUUUUUGGUCUGACACGCCUCGGUCAGGGUAGAGGUCUACAGCAUUAGGAAGGAUACUACGCCUGGUAAUUGGAUAUUACUACAAAAGGGAGACUUUUUAAAAUUAUGAUUGAAAAAGGAGUUAGCUUUGAUUAAUCAACUUUACGUCAUCUUUUCUGUAGUUUAUUUCCAAAGUGACUGCCAAAUAAGAUUCAGAACACCCAUAAAUGAUGUAAUAAUCCAGGGUUUGUUGGCAUGUGUGCUUUCCUUAUGAUUGCGUCUAGAAAUAUCAUUUAUCAUCGAUACUUGUAAAAGAAUGUUAACAUAAUGUUGAAAACUGGUGCAACAUGCAUUUGCUCACUCACUUUGACAGACACACCCCCUCAGUCUCAGCAGGAUUUCCCCUGAGGUCCCUCACAGGAAACAUUCUUCUCAACGCACUUUGAGUGUUGAGGCUGCAGCAUUAUAUUACACGAAAGACAUACAGUAUAUAUGUCUUAAUAUGUUAAUAUGUGAAUUCUUGUAUAAAUGGCUACAUUGUACAAUAUUGUAAACAAUAAUAAAAUACAUUGUAAAAAGCUA